UUUCGUAGCACCGCGGUUCGCCAUAGCCACUGCCCAGUUUGUAGCCAAGCUAAGCAAGUGAGUGUGCACUGCGUGUGACACGAGGACUGGUUGGUCCAUCCCAAGCGCGGCCGCUAGCUAGCUAGGCCUAGACGUACGCACCGCACGCACGUGUCUAAGCUAGCUCUAUCUUUCACCUCCGUCCACCGAUCGACCAUGCCGGCCUUCGCCGAGCCUGCCAUUGAUCCGCCUCUGGCGGACAGCUACCGCGCGCUCCUGCGCAGCGACGAGCGCGCCGGCAUUGCGGCGGCGCCGGCGACGGGCAGCGUGGCCGUGCUGGAGCGCGACCUGCCGAUGAUCGACCUGGAGCGCCUGAGGAGCGGCGACGCGAGGGAGAGGAAGGCGUGCGCGGACGCCAUGGCGGCCGCGGCGUCGGAGUGGGGCUUCUUCCAGGUGAUCAACCACGGCGUGGGGCGGCAGCUGCUGGAGGAGAUGAGGCGGGAGCAGGCGCGGCUGUUCCGCCUGCCGUUCGACACCAAGGAGAAGGCCGGGCUCCUCAACGGCUCGUACCGGUGGGGCAACCCGACGGCAACGUCGCUCCGGCACCUCUCGUGGUCGGAGGCCUUCCACGUUCCGCUCGCCACCAUCUCCCGGGAGGACUGCGACUAUGGAAAGCUCAGCUCCUUGAGGGAGGUGAUGCAGGAGGUGGCGGACGCUAUGUCGUGUGUGGCGGACACGGUGGCCGGGGCGCUGGCGGAGGAGCUCGGGCACGCGGCGGGGGGCGGCGAGUCGACGUUCCCGGCGGGGUGCGACGGGACGACGUGCUUCCUGCGGCUCAACAGGUACCCGGCGUGCCCGUUCGCGCCGGACACGUUCGGCCUGGUGCCGCACACGGACAGCGACUUCCUCACCAUCCUCUGCCAGGAUCAGGUCGGGGGCCUACAGCUGAUGAAGGACGCGCGCUGGGUCGCCGUGAAACCACACCCCGACGCGCUCAUCGUCAACGUCGGCGAUCUGUUUCAGGCGUGGAGCAACAACAGGUACAAGAGCGUGGAGCACAAAGUGGUGGCCAACUACAAGGCGGAGCGCUUCUCCGUCGCCUACUUCCUGUGCCCGUCCUACGACUCGCCCGUCGGAACAUGCAGCGAGCCGUCGCCGUACAGGCCGUUUACCUUCGGGGAGUACCGUAGGAAAGUGCAGGACGACGUCAAGAGAACCGGCAAAAAGAUUGGCCUCCCCAACUUUCUCAAACACUCUCCCGUUCACGGCCUCUCUUCUUAAUCUUAAUUAACCCCUGUGAACCCAAAUCUCACCGUAGGAGCGUCGUGCGUCACCGGACAAGUUUUCCUCCUUUUCUUUAUUCUUUCUAUUUCUAUUUCUAUUCUAGUUUUGGUUCGCCCCUUUUGGGCCUACUAGGUGAUAGGUGCUAUAGCACGAGAUAAUGAUGGAGGAAUCAAUCGAAUAUAACAUGAUGCUAUGGUGAUA